AGACACACCAAAAGGGAGCACCAGAAGCCACACAUUCUCAUCUUUCACUACUUUUCUCCCUCCCAAUUUUCCUUCUUAUGGAACCCAAACUUCACAACAACCCAAAGAUGUUAGAAAAACAGUGGCUUUCUACUGCCUUGAAUGCCAGAACCCUCGGAUUAGGCACUGAGACCAUAGUCUUUGCUCAUGGUUUUGGAACAGACCAGUCUGUCUGGGACAAGAUCACUCCUUUCCUUGCCGAACACUACAAGGUUGUGCUGUUUGAUUGGCCCUUUUCUGGCGCUGUGGAUCCAACCCUCUAUGACCCUUUCAAGUAUUCCUCCAUGGAAGCUUUUGCUGAUGUCUUGGUCACUCUCAUGGAUCAGAUGGACCUCAAAGCUAUCACCUUUGUUGGUCAUUCCAUGUCUGGCAUGAUUGGCUGCAUAGCCUCCAUAGCCAGACCUGACCUCUUCAAAAGGCUUAUUCUCCUUUGUGCUUCUCCCAGGUAUCUUAAUACAGAUGACUAUGAGGGUGGCUUUACUAGCUCAGAUGUUGAGCAGUUUCUGCAGAGCAUGGAGUCCAACUAUGACAACUGGGUCACUGCCUUCUCCUUACUAGCAGUGGACACAAAUGAUGAGCCAUCUGUUAACAAAUUCAGAGAGUUCCUGAGAAGAAUGAGAGCUGGUGUGGCACUCUCCUUAGCCAAGACUGUGUUCUAUAGUGAUUACAGAGAUAUACUUGAGAAAAUUGAAACUCCAUGCACCAUUAUUCAGACCACUAGUGACAUUAUUGUUCCAUUCAAUGUAGCACUGUACAUGGAGAGAAAAAUUAAAGGAAAAGUUACAUUGGAGGCUUUAGAAGCUAAAGGGCAUUUUCCUCAGAUGACUGCAUGCUCUCAGCUAGUUGAUGUGCUGAAGGGUGUUAUUGGCUUGUGAUUCUCAAUCUCCUUCAUUUUGUCAUCUUAGUUAUACUUGUUUCUGAUUUCAUUUAUAUAAAUAGGUUGAUGUACAUGUUUGGUUGGAACUACGUUCACAACCCACGCUAAUACUGAAGUGGCUACAUUUUGUGUUGAAGUGAACGCACACCUGACGUGGUUCCAAACACACGUGUAGUUUGUGUGAGGUUUAUAUGGUGUCUUGAUGUGGACAAAGUGUGGUAUGUGUUACUUAAUUCAUUGUACUCUUGAAAUAAUAAUGUGAAUUAGCUUGUGGGAAUGUACUUUUUCUCAA